AUGGCUGACGAUGUGAAGGCCGAGAGAGAGCGACGCCGCGCCGAACUGGAAAGGCGCAAGGCCGAACUCGCCGCCAAGAAGGCUGCUCGCGAGAGGGGAGGCCCCGAACCCAGUGCUGCGGCCACCGCCACCGCCGCCGUCCAGGUGGAUGACAUCGAAGCGCGACGUGAGCAGAGGCGCCGCGAGCGCGAGGAGCUGCUGAAGCGCGAGCGGGAGCUCGAACGCCAGCUCGACUCGGAGAAGGAUGCCAUCAAGCAGCAGCGCCGGAGCGAGAUCGACGAACGCCGCGAGCGGGAGGAGCGCGAGCGCGAGACCCAGUUCAAGCGCGAGCAGGAGGAGCGCGAGAAGCAGGAGGAGGAGAAGAUGGAGAAGCUCAAGCAGCGCCGGGAGGAGAUCGAGCGCCGGCGCGAGGAGGAGGAGCGCGCCAAGGAGGAGAAGUGGGCGCGGCAGCAGGCCAAGCUCAAGCGGCUCGAGGGCGAGAAGAAGGAGCGCUACCGCCAGCGCCUCGAGCAGCUCAAGGUCGAGCGCGAGCACAAGGAGGCCGAGGCCCAGCGGCUGCAGAUGGAGGAGCUGCGCCUGAUCGAGGAGGAGCGCGUGGCGCGGCAGAAGCGGCGCGAGGCCCAGGUGCAGAAGCUGCGGGAGCAGGAGGAGGCCCGGCAGGAGCGCGAGUGGGAGCGCGAGCGCGAGGAGCGGCGGGCGCUCGAGGAGGAGAAGAUCGCGGCCAAGAAGCGGCGCGAGGAGCAGCUGGCCAAGUGGAAGGAGGAGCAGGAGCGCGAGCGCGAGCUGCAGUUCAAGCGCGAGCAGGAGGCCGUCAAGCGCGACACCGAGUCCAAGGAGGAGUACCGCAAGCGCCGGCAGGAGAUGAUCGAGCGCGUGCGUCUCGAGGACGAGAAGCGCAAGGAGGAGCAGUUCAUGCGCGAGAUGGAGGAGAAGCGCCGCGAGGAGCAGGAGCAGGAGGAGCGCCGCCGUCGCCGCCGGGAGGAGCUCGAGCGCCGGCGCGAGGAAGAGGAGCGCGCCAAGGAGGAGCGCUUCCGCCAGGAGCUCGCCGAGAAGCGCGCCUGGGAGGAGGAGAAGGCCCAGCGCGAGCGGCAGCGGCGCGAGCUGGUCGAGCAGAAGCGCGAGCAGGAGGAGCGCGCCCGGGAGCAGGAGUUCAUGCGCAUGCAGCAGGAGCUGCAGCAGCUCGAGGGCGAGAAGAAGGAGCGGUACCGGCAGCGCGUGGAGAAGCUCAAGCAGGAGCGCGAGGCCAAGGAGGAGCAGGAGCGCGCGCGGCGCAUGGAGGAGCUCAAGCUCGAGGAGGAGGAGAAGCGGGCCAAGGCCGAGCACCGCCGGCGCGAGCUCGAGCGGUGGAAGGAGGAGCAGGAGCGCCGGCAGGAGGCCAAGUUCCGCGAGGAGGAGGAGGAGCGGCGGGCGGAGGACCGCCAGCGCGAGGAGGCCAAGCUGCGGCGCGCGGAGGAGAUCCAGCGCUGGCGCGAGAAGCAGGAGGCCGAGCGCGAGCUGCAGUACAUGCGCGAGCUGGAGCUGAGCCGCCGCGCGGAGGAGUCUAAGGAGGAGUACGCCCGGCGGCGCAAGGCCCUGAUCGAGAAGCAGCGCGAGGAGGACGAGAAGCGGAAGGAGGCCGAGUUCAAGCGCGAACAGGAGGCGCGGCGCAAGGAGGAGGAGGACGAGGCCGAGCGCAAGCGGCAGCGCGUGGAGGAGGUGCGGCGCAAGCGGGAGGCGGAGGAGCGCGAGCGCGAGGCGCAGUUCAUGCGCGAGCAGGAGGAGCAGAAGCUGUGGGAGCAGGAGAAGAAGCUGCGCGAGCAGAAGCGGCGUGAGCUCGUCCAGCGCAAGCGCGAGCAGGAGGAGCAGGAGCGCGAGCAGGCCUUCAUGCAGCUCCAGGAGGAGAUGAAGCGCGCCGAGGGCGACAAGAAGGAGCGGUUCAAGGCCCGCCUCGAGGAGCUCCGCGCCGAGCGCGAGCGCCAGGAGGAGGAGGAGCGCGCCCGCAAGAUGGCCGAGCUCAAGCUUGAGGAGGAGGAGCGCCGGGCGCGCAAGGCCCAGCGCGCGCUGCAGGUCCAGCAGUUCCGCGAGCAGCAGGAGGCCCUCAAGGAGGAGCUCUUCAAGCGCGAGCAGGACGAGCUCAAGCAACUCGAGGAGGAGCAGAAGGAGCGCAAGCGCCUCCGCCAGCAGGAGAUCGAGCGCCGCCGCGAGGAGGACGAGCGCCGCAAGGAGGAGGAGUUCCGUCGCGCGGCCGAAGAGCAGCGCCUGCACGACGAGGAGAAGGAGGAGCGCCGCCGCAAGCGCCGCGAGGAGCUCGAGCGCCGGCGCGAGGAGGAGGAGCGCCAGAAGGAGGAGAAGUGGGCCAAGAAGCAGGCCAAGCUCAAGCGGCUCGAGGGUGAGGCCAAGGAGCGCUACCGCCAGCGGCUCGAGCAGCUCAAGCAGGAGCGCGAGGCCAAGGAGGAGCAGGAGCGCGAGGCCCGCAUGGAGGAGCUCAAGCGCGAGGAGCAGGAGAAGCAGGAGCGGCGCCGCAAGCGCGAGGAGGAGCUGGCCCAGUGGAAGGCGGCGCAGGAGAAGAAGCAGGAGGAGCAGUGGGCGCGCGAGGAGCGCGAGCGCAAGCAGUACGAGGCCGAGCGCGCGGCGGCCAAGGCCAAGCGCGAGGCUGAGCUCAAGCGGCUGCGCGAGGCCCAGGAGGAGGCCAAGGAGCGCAAGUUCCGCGAGGAGCAGGCCGCCGAGCGCAAGGCCAACGAGUCCAAGGAGGCCUUCCUGCGCCGGCGCCGCGAGGAGCUGGCCAAGCGGGCCGAAGAGGAGGAGCGCCGCAAGGAGGCCCAGUUCCGGCAGGAGCAGGAGGCCCUCAAGCGCGAGGAGGCCGACAAGCAGGAGCGCCUCCGCAAGCGCCGCGAGGAGGUCGAGCGCCAGCGCGAGCACCAGGAGCGCGAGAAGGAGGCCCAGUUCAUGCGCGAGCAGGACGAGCUCCGCCAGGAGGAGGCCCGCAAGCAGGAGUACGCCCGCAAGCGUCGCGAGGAGGUCGAGCGCAAGCGCGAGGAGGAGGAGAAGCGCAAGGAGGCCAAGUGGGCCAAGCAGCAGGCCAAGCUCAAGAAGCUCGAGGGCGAGGCCAAGGAGCGGUACCGCCAGCGCCUCGAGCAGCUCAAGCAGGAGCGCGAGGCCAAGGAGGAGCAGGAGCGCGUGGCCCGCAUGGAGGAGCUCAAGCGCGAGGAGCAGGAGAAGCAGCGGGCCAAGGAGCGGCGCGAUGCCGAGCUGGCCCGGUGGCGGGAGGAGCAGGAGCGGGUGCAGGAGGAGAAGUUCAAGCGCGAGGAGGACGAGCGGCGGCUGGAGGAGCGGAUCAAGGAGGAGCGCCAGAAGCGGCGCGAGGAGGAGGUGGAGCGGUGGCGCGAGGAGCAGGAGCGGCAGCGCGAGGAGAAGUGGCGCAUCGAGCAGGCCGAGAUGGUGCUCGCGGAGGAGGAGAAGGCCGAGCGGAAGCGGCGGCGGCGGGAGGAGGUGGCGCGGCUGCGCGAGGAGGAGGACCGGGCGAAGGAGGAGCGUUUCCAGCGGGAGCAGGCCGAGCUGAAGCUGCGCGAGGAGGAGGAGAAGGAGCGCUGGCGCCGCCGGCUGGAGGAGCUCGAGCAAAAGCGCGAGGCCGAGGAGCGCCGCAAGCAGGAGAAGUGGAUGCGCAAGCAGGAGAAGCUGGCCCGGCUCGAGGGUGAGGCCCGCCAGCGCUACCUGGAGCGCAUCGAGAAGCUGCGCGAGGAGCGCGAGCGGCAGGAGAACGAAGAGCGCGACCGCGCCAUGGCCCUCCUCCGCGCCGAGGAGGAGGAGAUGCGCGCCCGCAAGGAGCGCCGCCGUCACGAGCUCGAGCGCCACCGCGAGGAGCAGGAGCGCCUCAAGGAGCUCAAGUGGGCCGAGGACGAGGCCGAGCGCAAGCGCGAGGAGGAGGAGAAGCGCGCGCGGAUCGAGCGCCGCAAGCAGGAGAUCGAGCGGCUGCGCGAGGAGGAGGAGAAGCGCAAGGAGCUCGAGUGGAAGCGCGAGCAGCUCGAGCGCCAGCUGGCCGACGAGCGCAAGGACGAGGCGCGCAAGAAGCGGCAGGAGGAGAUCAACAAGCUGCGGGCCGACGAGGAGCGCCUCAAGGAGGAGGCCUUCCGCAAGGAGCAGGCCGCCGAGCGCGAGUGGGCGCAGCACAAGGAGGAGACCAAGCGCCGCCGGGCCGAGGAGAUCAAGCGCCAGCGCGAGGAGGAGGAGCGCAUCAAGGAGGAGACCUUCAAGCGCGAGCAGGACGAGCUCAAGCAGCUCGAGCUCCUCCGCAAGGAGAAGGAGCGCAAGCGCCGCGAGGAGGUGGAGAAGAAGCGCGAGGAGGAGGAGCGCCGCAAGGAGGACAAGUACCGCCGGCAGCAGGCCAAGCUGCGCAAGCUCGAGGGCGAGGCCAAGGAGCGGUACCGCCAGCGGCUCGAGCAGCUCAAGCAGGAGCGCGAGGCCAAGGAGGAGCAGGAGCGCGAGGCCCGCAUGGAGGAGCUCAAGCGCGAGGAGGCCGAGCGUGCGGCGCGCAAGGAGCGCCGGCGGGCCGAGGUCGAGCGGCUGCGCGAGGAGGAAGAGCAGCGCAAGGAGGAGCAGUGGCGGCGCGAGCAGGCCGAGCAGCGCCAGUACGAGGAGGACAAGGCCGAGCGUAAGCGCCAGCGGCUGGCCGAGGUCCAGCGCCGCCGCGAGGAGGAGGAGCAGCGCAAGGAGGACGAGUUCCGCGCGCAGAUGGAGGAGCAGCGCCUCCGCGAGCAGGAGCAGGCCGACAAGCUCCGCCGCCGCCGGGAGGAGCUCGAGCGCAAGCGCGAGGAGGAGGAGCGCCAGAAGGAGGAGAAGUGGCGCAAGCAGCAGGCCAAGCUCAAGCGGCUCGAGGGCGAGGCCAAGGAGCGCUACCGGCAGCGGCUCGAGCAGCUCAAGCAGGAGCGCGAGGCCAAGGAGGAGCAGGAGCGCAUGGCCCGCAUGGAGGAGCUCAAGCUCGAGGAGGACGAGCUGCGCGCGCGGCAGGAGCGUCGCAAGCUGGCGCUCGACAAGUUCCGCGAGGAGAAGGAGCGCGCGCAGGAGCAGAAGUGGCGCGAGGAGGAGGCCGAGCGGCGGCGCGACGAGGAGGAGCGCAAGCUGCGGGCCGAGCGGCGCCGGCUGGAGGUGGAGCGCCGCCGGGAGGAGGAGGAGCGCCGCAAGGAGCUCGAGUGGCGCAAGCUGCAGGCCGAGACCCAGCGGGCCAACGAGGCCAAGGAGGAGUACCGCCGCCGGCGGGCCGAGGAGAUCCGCCGCAUUCGCGACGAGGAGGAGCGGCUCAAGGAGGAGAUGUUCAAGCGCGAGCAGGACGAGGCCCGCGCGCUGCAGCGCGAGAAGGAGGAGGCCCGGAAGAAGCGGGCGGCGGAGAUCGAGCAGAAGCGCGAGGCCGAGGAGCGCGAGAAGGAGCGGCAGUGGCGCGAGGAGCAGGCCCAGCUCAAGCGCCUCGAGGAGGAGAAGCGCGUGCGGCACCAGCGCCGGCUCGAGCUGCUGGCCGAGCAGCGCGAGCGCGAGGAGCGCGAGAAGCAGGACGAGUGGAUGCGGCAGCAGGAGAAGUUGCGCGAGCUCGAGGGCGAGGCGCGCCAGCGCUACCUGGAGCGCGUCCAGCGGGUGCGCGAGGAGCGCGAGGCCAAGGAGGAGGAGCAGCGCAUCGCCCGCAUGGAGGAGCUGCGCGCCGAGGAGGAGGAGCGCGAGGCCCGCAAGGAGCGGCGCCAGCGCGAGCUCGAGCGGCUGCGCGAGGAGCAGGAGCGCCAGAACGAGGAGAAGUGGCGCCAGCAGGAGGAGGAGCGCCGCCAGCUCGACGCCGAGCGGCAGGACCGCCUCCGCAAGCGCCGCGAGGACCUCCUCCGCCGCAAGGAGGAGGAGGAGCGGGCCAAGGAGGAGACCUUCCGCCAGGAGAUGGAGGAGGUGCGCCGCCGCGACGCCGAGAAGGCCGAGAAGCUCAAGCGCCGAAGGGAGGAGCUCGAGCGCCAGCGCGAGGAGGAGGAGCGCCAGAAGGAGGAGAAGUGGCGCAAGCAGCAGGCCAAGCUCAAGCGGCUCGAGGGCGAGGCCAAGGAGCGCUACCGCCAGCGCCUCGAGCAGGUCCGGAGCGAGCGCGAGGCCAAGGAGGACGCCGAGCGGCUGGCCCGCAUGGAGGAGCUCAAGCGCGAGGAGGACGAGCGCCGUGAGAAGCGCGAGAAGCGCGAGGCCGAGCUCAAGCAGUGGCGCGAGCAGAAGGACCGCGAGCAGGAGCUCAAGUGGCUCGCCCAGGACGCCGAGCUCAAGUACGUCUUGUCAGGGGUCGCGUGUGUCGUGUGUGUCGUGUACUGA